AUGGAGGCGUUCGACUUUGACACAGAUUUCAGGGAAUGGAUCCAAGUAAUAUUUAACAGCUAUUCACCAAAUGGAGAAACCCUUGAUAACUGUUACAGUAAUGCUGUUGGAGUUUCCGAUCCAAGCAUCAUUCUUGACAGCUUCAUGACGGCAACAAGUCAUUACCAAAGAGACUCUUGGAACGACCAACCAGCUAAUGGACGUCUUAAUGGUACCAAAAGUGAUGGAUGGUGCGCUGGAAAGAAAGAUAAGGAUCAAUGGCUUCAAGUCGAUCUCAGAAAAGUUUUUAAAGUGUGCGCUGUUGCAACCCAGGGAGACAUUACUGGCAACGAUUGGGUGAUAGACUUUAAACUAGCGCACUCUAAAUCCUAUGAGGACGGGUGGCCAACUUAUAGAGAUGCUAACGGCUCGGAAGUGACAUUUCACAGGGAAGGUGGAUCCCACGCAAUUUCCCAACACCCACUGGAAGUUCCGGUCUAUGCAAGAUACAUUCGUUUCCUACCAGUUACUUGGGAACGAAGUAUUUGCCUUAGAGUUGAGAUUUACGGAACCACUGUUCACCCAUGCACUAGUAAUCCAUGUAGAAAUGGAGGAUCCUGUGUCGAAAAGGCUGAUAAUAGCUACCUAUGCGAGUGUCACGGUGCCUACACCGGAGAAAAUUGUAAAAAAGCUUGCAACGAUCCGCUGGGCAUGGAGGCCUACACGAUACGAAAUUGGCAACUUUCAGCCUCCACGAAAUUUAAUAGCACGCAUGGACCCAGGAACGGGAGGCUGAAUUUUGAAGGAGAUGAUUAUAACACAGGGGGAUGGAUAGCUGAUGUACAUGAUACCAACCAGUGGUUCGAGAUUGAUCUGUUCAACUAUUCCACUAAAGUUACACAAGUGGCAACACAAGGGAGGGCGAAUUAUCCUCAGUGGGUUACCAGUUACAAGCUACAGUAUGGUGACGACGGAGUGAAUUUUGAGUACUACAAGGAGCAAGGAAAUGCAGUUGAUAAAGAAUUUGCUGGAAACUCGGAUCGAAAUACUGUUGUUUCUCACCACCUUUCCGUUCCAAUCGCUGCUCGUUAUAUCCGCUUUCGACCUCUUACCUGGAAUGAGAACGGAAUAGGGUUGAGAGUAGAACUUUAUGGUUGUCAAGAAUGUGGAAAACCUCUUGGCAUGGAGAACUUUGCAAUCUCAGAUGGAAGCAUAAGUGCUUCAUCCCAGUAUUCUUCGUAUCACGGCCCAAAGCUUGGUAGGCUAAAUUAUGAAGAAGGCAAUGGAGGUUGGAGGGCUGGCACUAAUGAAAACUCCUGGCUGCAGAUUGAUCUCGGGCAAUUGUUCACCAAGGUAACAGGAGUGGCAACUCAGGGAAGACAUAGCACCAUUUUUCCCCAUCAGGUGACCAAGUACAAGCUACAGUACAGUGUGGAUGGCGUGAGCUUCCAAUACUAUAGAGAGGAAGGAGAACACACAGAUAAGGAAUUUGAUGGUAAUGCUGACCAGGACACUGUUGUAUACCAUGGCUUGCGCCCACCAAUCACGGCACGUUUCAUCCGUUUUCGCCCAAAGGCUUGGUCGGGUGCGGUGGCUUUGCGGGCAGAACUUUAUGGUUGCAUAG